CAGAGCGAUAAAUUUUUCUAUGUCCUAUAAAAAUGCGCUAGCGCACCGCAGCUCGAGAGAUUCUAGAAGAGUAAGCACAAAAUUUUGAGCAUCAAAGAGUAAAGAAGGAUUGACAGUGCUCGCUGUGAGCAGUUUCAAAUUUACCAACCGGCUCUUCUUGAAGCAAAUGUGAAAUCAAUGCGAUGUCUUUUGCGCAGAGAAAAUACAAAUAGACGUUAGUAGGCAAGGAUAACUGCUGCACUCAGCGUCGUCCCGCGAUGCUGGUUGUCCUUCCGGAGGACAGGAGAUACAAGGCACACCCACGGUGAAAAUCAUCUUUCUUGCGACAUCGGUUGCCGGCCAAUAGAUUGGCAGUACCUAAUAUUUGUGACGAAUAAGUGACCACUUUUGGUGCUGUGUGUCUGCAUCCGCGAAAACGAAAAGGUGUUUGAAAAAAACAAAUUACGCGUCAGCUGUACUCACCUGCUACGCCGGUGUAAGAACACACAGGGAUCCUAGAGGUACAACGACCGGCAGGUACUACAACAAGAACGGUUUGAGUUGCCAUGGCGGAUGCACCAGACGGGCCCCAGACCACUCUUGCCUCACCCACUACCCCAGCGGAUGAUCAUGCCGCGGUCGCCGGGGACAGCAUAUCCUCUCCUGUCAAAAUAUGGCGUUCUCAACUGUUACAUUCUCAGCUGUUACAUGAAUUUGUGAUGCAAAAAUACCAAGACCAUCCACACGAUCAAGGUGCUUCGCAUGACAAAUUUGCGAAGGGCCAAGCAGCACCUAAAUUUGUUCAGAAUUUGUAAUGCUACAGGCGCAACCUUCCCCCUUUCACGUUUGCCAUUCUUGCAUCAGAAAUCCAUGUAACAGUUGAGGAUGUAACAGUUGAGAACGCCAUACAAAAACGUGGGCGCGCCGGUCGCGGACCUGCCACCCGAGGGGGAGGACUCGGAUGCAGUCCCCGCUGGUGCCGUGGAGAACGAAGAAGGUGCGGGCGAACCUUCUGUCGCGGAGUUGCAGCAGCCCGGAGCUGCAAGCGAUGUUGAAGCGGAGGGACGAGCAGAUGAACAUCCUCGCGUGGCAGCAGCGGACGGCGACACAGCCGUCGUGGCUGGCCAAGAAGAGGACGCAGCACCACAGGACGACGAACACCAGCAGCUACCCCUGACACCCGGACUCAUCGCUAGUCGGAAGCCCGUGACGCUGAAACAGGCCACGUACGCAGAAUUGCCCGAAGAAUUCACAGACGGCCAGUUGUUGAACGCAGAUUAUGUGAAGAGGCACAUGCUGGAAGAAAGGACCGCGUGGAUGACCAAUCCCGUUCUCCAUGCCCGCCCCGAGGACUACCAUCCCUUGGUAUUGUUUCCUAUUUCAUCAACAUACGCAUUUUUUGCUUUCUUAUUUGUGAUUUCAUGAAGCGCUGCCCAUUUUUUUUGUCGAUGUCCUGGUGUUGAUGACCACCGUCGUUUUUUCAUUUGUUGAAGUCGUUUGAUAGAAGUAGGAACUUUUUGUCCUGAAAAAGAAGCAGACAAAAGCGCUCAAUGAAGUACAUUUUUCAUUGUAACGUUCGUCGAAAGCAGACAAAUUAGGAACCCCUCAUUUUUGUGGUCAAAGCCAGAAGGUCAGAAUAUUUUGAUGCUAGGUCCUUAGCAGCUGCAUUUCGCUUUAUUCGGUUGCAGCGACAUCAUCAAGCAAAACAGGUAUACAUGUUUUGCUACCUGCUUGGAACGCUGGAAGAAAGUGAGCGACAACGAAUUUGUCUGCGCAUGGGCAUUCGGUAUGGGACCUACGCAGGAAGAACUCUAGCAGCAAACCACGCAGCAGAUGAUGCAGCUGCAACAGAAAAAAGCUAAGACUAACCUGCUGCGAGGAGCUCAUCUUUGCGAGUUUUGACUUCGCCGCGCAACUCGUCGACACAACCAACAGAUAGAUUUUCGCGAGGUCUCAUCGUAGAUCGGAUAAAGUGAUGAAUUUUAAGAAAUGAAAAGCUCGUAGCUAGUAGCGGCUCAUCGUGCUGUGAUUGUCUUCCUUUCGAUUCAACAGCGUUGUGCUGUUCGCUACCCCAUGCACGUGGUAGCUUCCGUGGUCAGUGCAUUGGGCUAAGUCGCGGCCGCGGCGGCCCCGGUCUGUUGAGGGUUGUACUAUGAGCAAGACAUAAUCAUAAAGCCGCGGGUCAAAGUCAAUUCUUACUGAGGACGCGGUCGGAUAUUUUGAGGAGAACUGAACACGAUCAACUUGUGUAUGAAUGUGUGUCCGCGUCAUUGAUUCUUUUUCUGUGGUGACACACAUUGCCGAACAGCGAUCACAUUUUUCUGCUCUCUGAAACGAAGUGCCAUCUCACGUUCGACAUCGCCCUCAUUGUGGCCGGGCGUCUCUUACCGCAACACCCUAUUUUGAGCGGCCACAGACAGGAGCAGCCAAGUUAUUUUUCGGUCGCGGCACGCCCACGCCUCUCGGAGUAGGAGGGGCCGCCGUGUUAAUCACGAACACAAGCGGAGCAUGAAGAUUGUAUGCUUGAAAAGGAUGGC